CGACGAUGAUCGUCGAUGAAUCUCCUUGGUGGGGAUAAAGACGAAGAGGACGAAAAGGUGGACGAUAAUGCUAUCGCUGUGUGAACCGGUAUGCACAAGUACAACCGCGAUGUCGACGAACAGGUGGGGUUUGUACCCCACCUGUGGAGGACCCAACGUCUACCUGAUGAGGAUGAUGCCCCGUUCUGGUGGGAGCAAUUUAGGUUACUCGUACCACUAGGGAAUGUGGGCCGACUAUAUACUGGCUCAUCGCGACCGUCCGCCAGUUCAUUCCUUUCCCGUAUUUACGAUUCAUCAGAUCCUGCGCUUCGCACUAUCGACCCUCGAUUCCUCCUAUCGUCCUCAUCGUUUGACAUCGAAGUCUCUUUCUCAGCUGUCGUCCCUAGGUAAAUCCGAUCAGGGAAAAAGGCGAUUAGCCAGAAAGAAGGGGAUCGUCGACUAUCUUCAAAAUUUCACAGCAUCCUCAAGGACCGCUUCUUCUGUUCGGGAGUAUGAGGGCCAUCUGCUUGCUCCUCGUCGGCAUCGUCGUCGUGAAUGCCCAGCGUCGUUUAGCCUUGCCCGAUCCGCGAAGCUGCGCGAAUCGUGUCCGUCACUCGUCAUAUAGAGAUGGCAGAGGAGUCCUUCAUUCGUAUUUCUUCAGCUGGGAACAUCAGCCGACCAGAAAUCUCGAGGUAGACUGGCUGGAUGCUCGUAAUAUUUGCCGUCGUCAUUGCAUGGACGCCGUGUCCCUGGAGACUCCUCAGGAAAACGAAUUCGUCAAGCAGAGACUAGCGAGAGGAAAUGUGAGAUACAUUUGGACGUCGGGCCGCAAGUGCAACUUCAAUGGCUGCGACCGAGCAGAUCUUCAGCCCCAGAACGUUAACGGAUGGUUCUGGUCUGGAUCUGGCGCCAAGAUCGGACCGACGAGCCAGCGUAACACUGGAGACUGGAGCAACACUGGAGGAUAUGGUCAACCACAACCAGACAACCGCGAAGCUGCACAGGGCAACGACGAGUCUUGUUUGUCUAUAUUAAACAACUUUUACAACGAUGGCAUCAAGUGGCACGACGUGGCAUGUCACCACAUCAAACCUUUCGUAUGCGAGGACAGCGACGAGCUUCUCAACUUCGUCGCAUCCCGGAACCCAGGUAUCCGUUUGUGAAAGGCGACCGCGGCGAACCCUGGCAAAUAAAUUAUCGUCGUAAAUGGAAGAA